UAAGGUUUGAAGGAUUAUUUUACCACUUCACAUGGUAUUUUUCAGAAAAUAAACUAAUUAUAUGUUACAGAUAAUAGCAAAAGGGUUUAGAUUUUACUAAUAUGGAUGAUGAUUGAUACUUUGGAUGACUAUAACUGAUUGUCAUAGACAUAGGCAAUAGUUUGCUGUCAGAUUUUGCUCCAUAACAAGACUGUCCCGUUACGCUAUGGAUGACGACGGUGAGGUAUUGACCCCAAACUCAUGCCGCUAUUCGCUGAGAUCUAGAACCCCAAGCACCCCACAAAAGACCCCUGCCACACCCAUAAAUGGCUCACACAACCCUGUCACCAAUGGCACCCCGACCAGACGAGCUGGCACUCCGACCAGACGGGCAGGCACCCCAACCAGGCGAGCUGACACCCCAACCAGGCGAAUCUUAUGCAGCACUGGAACGCCAUUAACCACCAAUGGCACUGCAGUAGAAGUGACCACACCCCUUAAAUCUUCACCCCUGGUUUCACUGCACACCCCAAUCAGUAACGGUAGUGGUAGAAACACGCCCUCACGACGCGGCACAUGUACGCCCACUUUACCAGUGAACACACCCAUGACAACGCCCCUCCAGCGAGCUGUGUUGACGCCAAGCACACCAAUGAAUACCCCACAGUCAUUACAGAGACAGGUGCUUUCCCCAAGUCACUCUUCAAUCAUGACAAAGGAGGAGAGAUCAGUGUUCAAGACGCCCAUGUCUCACAAGCCAAGGAUUGUGGGAAAUAGGGCCGUUCCGUCUCCAUCAAGACAUGAGAUUUGGAAGAAGGAGUUGGGGUUUACUGAGAGUGAUGCCCCCUCUGAGAGUGAUAAAGAAAAUACAUCAGACGAGGAAGAAAGCGGCAAUUGCAACCAAGCUCCGCUGGCAGAGUUCCGUGCCCUACAGAAGGAGCUGGCCGUGAAAAAUGCUCAGAGGGAUGAAAGCUUGCUUCUCAUUAAGAACUGUAAAGAAAAGAUCCGAAAAUAUGAGACGCGACUUGAACGUGAGGAGACAAGCAAGCGUCAACAGUUAAAGAUUAUCAGGAAAACUCAUGAGGACCAGCAACAAGAGAAAACACAGCUGAUUGACACGCUCCAAGCUAUUGUUAAUGAGCAGGAGGAGAGAAUUAGGGAACUAGAAGAGGGAAUAGCAUCAACACCUCGAAAGCGUGUCACACGGCGAAACAAAAAUGCCCCACCCGCCUCAACCCCCACUCCUACCCCGCCACCUCAGUCCGAACACAUCUCUGCCUUAAUAGAUGACAUACGGCGAUUACAAGAGGAAAAAGCAUUGCUUGCCAUCCAACUGGACGAGGUUCAACUUGAACUGACAAAUCAGAAAGAGGAACAAUCAAAAGAAGGGCUGGUCCUUACAAAUGGAUUUUGUGAUAAUAAUUCAUCUAGUCAAAACCAAGGCUGUCCUUGUGGAUCUAAGGUACAGGCAGACGUUGAACGUCAACUUGAAAGCCUGCAAACAGACAGACGAAGACUACAAGAUGAGUUAGCUGAUGCCAGAAAUGACCACAAUAAGGCUCUCACUGUCUCAAAACUGGGGGCUCAUAGACAACAGCAAUUAGAAGAAGAAAUCAAGAGGUUAAAAUCCUCCUGCGCCCAGCUGGAAGAAGAGAAAUGUUCAAGGAGUGAGGAACUUGGCGGGCUGGAGUCGGCCAGAAGUGAGAUCACAACCCUCGGACAGGAGAACGUGAGAUUACAGGGUCAAGUCAGAGAUCUGCAGGCUCAGAUCUUCUCUCUUCAGGCCAAGUCUCCUGAGGUUGUUACCAAGGUGAAACAGGUAGAAUCAGAAAGCUUAAGGCAGCGCUAUGAGUCCAUCAAAUCAGAAAAUGUACUUUUGAAACAUACCUGUGAUGCCCGCAAAACUGAGCUGCAUGAUGCACAGAACCAAGUCAGAUACCUGGAGAGAAUGCUGUCAGUGACGGAGACUGCCAAGGAGAAGGCAGACAGUGACCUGUGGAAGGAGUUGGAAGCCCAACACACAGACCACCAGGCAGCAUUGACGACGCUACGGCAACAACUAGAGGAUGAGAAACAUGAUGAAAUUAAUGAUUGUGAAAACAGACUCUCAGUGGAACACAAGGCAGAGUUGCAGGCCAUAGUUCAGUCGCUCAAUGACAAACAUCAACAAGAACUGCAGGAGUCGGAGGAGUCGAGAGUCAACGUAAAACAAAGGCUGGAAAAAGAAAUGACAAAAAAGAUGGAGGAAAAAUACCAUCUACUUUCACAAUUUGAGUCUGAAAAAGAGGCCAUGAUGAAUAAGUUCAAUGAAGAGCUCUCUAAAUUUGAAGAAGAAAAGGCUCAAGAGUUCUCCCUCAUGGAGGAAGAAAAGGUUAAAGGGCUUUCCCAAAUGGAGGCUGAAAAUGAUGACUUGAAGGAGGAAAUAAAGAUUCAGUUGAAUAGAUUUGAAGCGGACAUGUUAAAACUGGAGAAAAAAUGUAAGAUAGAAUAUAAACAGCUCGAAGAGGAUUUGACUAUUGCGAAAAGUGCAGCUGUGAAUAGAACUAGGGAAGAGAUGCAGAGAGAAAAACAGACUAGCUUGUCAGCAUUGGAGGAAAAACUGACGGAUGAGCACAGAGAUGAAAUUGAUAGGCUUACAUCCCAUAUAGAAGAGCAGAUAGAAGAAGCUGUUAACCAUGAACGGAAAACUACUGCAGAUAAAAUGUCUUACCUGGAAACAAGGUAUGAGCAGUUAGUAGAUCAGCUGACCGGGAUUCAGCCAAUCCUGUCCCAGUUUGUAGAGUCAUACAUUCUACUGCAGAAGGAGGUCAAGCGCUUCCCGAAAAUGAUCGAUAAAACUGUGGCUGGGAUUUCAAAACAGAUGCUGGCUGCCAUCACUGGAGUCAGCGAGUACAAUAAGGAGCUUGUUCAAAAGUACCAGCGUGAAAUGAAACUUAGAAAGAAAUACCAUAAUGAGCUUGUGGAACUCAAAGGUAACAUUCGAGUGUUUUGCCGAGUCCGGCCAACCAUCAAAGAGGAUGGAGGUGGACCACAGUCGGACAACAUUGUGACCCUGGAUCAGGAUGACUCUGGGUUACUGUACAUUAACAGCAAGGGACGAACACAGACAUUUGAGGUGGACAGGGUAUUCGGAGAAUCCUGCUCACAGCCAGAGGUGUUUGAUGAGGUGAAAGCACUUGUCACUUCCUGUAUUGAUGGCUACAAUGUCUGCAUCUUCGCAUACGGACAGACAGGCAGUGGAAAAACUUACACCAUGGAGGGUACUGCGGAUGAUCCAGGUAUUAACCAGAGGGCUUUGAGUCUGUUGUUUGAAGAGACAGCGGCAAGGCAUGACUGGGAAUACUCCAUCAAUGUCAGUGUGCUGGAGAUAUACAAUGAAAUGAUCAGAGACCUUCUGGGAGAAGAUACUGGUUACAAGAUGGAGGUUAAAAUGAAUCCAGACGGAGGCUACCAUAUACCAGGAUUGUGUUUUGUACAAGUAGAGUCUGUUGCUGAUGUCAAUGAGUGUUUUAGACUGGGUCAGCAGAAUCGGGCCACUGCGGCCACUAACAUGAAUGAACAUUCUUCCCGGUCACAUGCGCUGCUGUGUGUGACUUUGAUUGGUUUUAACAAGACUACUGCCGCCAAAACCACUGGUAAACUCAACCUGGUUGACCUGGCUGGCUCGGAGCGUGUAAGCAAGUCAAAGGCAGAUGGGGCUCGUCUAAAGGAAGCUCAGGCCAUCAACAAAUCACUGUCCUCGCUGGGUGAUGUUAUCUUUGCCCUCCGGUCAAAGCAGAAUUACAUACCAUAUAGGAACUCAAAACUAACAUAUCUGCUGCAGGACUCAUUAGGAGGCGAUAGUAAGACGUUGAUGAUCACACAGAUUGCUCCAGUGAGGAAAAACGAGGCCGAGUCCAUAUGCUCCCUUAACUUUGCCCAGCGUGUCCGAAAUGUGGAACUGGGUGCGGCGACACGCAAAUUGGAGAAUGGGGAUGGAACAGAGGAUGGAGUUACGGAAACGAAGAAUGACCCAUCCUCUCCGGCGCGAGGGUGUCUAACUCCACAGAGAGGUAAUCUCCUGGGUAAAUCAGGCACCCCCACCUCAGCAUUGGUUAAACCGGGUUCAAGCACACCUUCAAAUCUGGGCAUGAAACAGCAAAACUUGAACACACCGACAAGCUCAUUGAACAUGAAAGUUGGUACCCCUUCUUCAGCAUCGAAAUUGACACCUAGUGGGAGAAUGACACGAAAAAAGUGAUACGGAAUGUAGGGGCAAAACAUGUGAUAAUUAUAAGAUUUAGAGACAUAUUUUGAAAAUUGAGGAUAAAUAAUCUAGUAUAUAUUUCACUGUUAUGACAUGUUUAUGCCAGAUUGUAGCAUACAGAUGUCAGAUACUAGUACAUGUACAUAGAAUUUGAUGGUUGCAUUAAUACAAAGGCAUAAUAUACAGAUUUUUGGUUGACAAAAAUUAUACAUUUGUUUACAUCAGUACUAUAAUCAGGGGUGCUGAAUAAUUCUGUAAUCAGGAUUGAGAUUUGUAAAGCAGUCUUUGUCGUAACUGGGUUGCCGAAGCCCGGGACAAGUAAAUACUUUUUGGGCAAGUCAAAAUAUCCCAGAAACGGGCAAGUGCAUUUUUCUGAAAUUUAGAUCCCUCUGUUUUCAUAAUUUCUUCAGCAACAAUUAAAAAAUCCUGACUUAAUGCUAUUAUUAUAUUGAAAUAUUGGCUUUCAUACAUUCACGCAUGAAUUGGUUAUUUUGGGCAAGUAAAACUGUUUUUGGGCAAGUGGUUUUCUUCAAUUACUUGCCCGAAAGGACAAGUGCUGGAAAAAAUUAAGGCAAAGACUGGUAAAGAUUGUAUUUUGCUUGAACAUUUGCAUCAAAACAGUAGGAAGUACCUUGAAUUAAUAUAAUUGAAUUUGCAAACUUUUUCCAAAGUGUUCAAAGCCCAUAUACCCCGCUUAUGGCAUGAAUUCCUCAUACUGGAACAGAACCCUAGUUAUUUUCCAGGAUUAAAAAUUAACAGCUGUGUAAGAGCCCCUAUUAAAUCAGCAUUUUUUUUAUUUACCAGUACUAUCAAAUAUGAUCAAAUACCUACAUUUUGUCAUUAUGUAAAAGAGAGAUUUCUGUCAUCGGAUAUUGUUCAAUUGUUGUGUAAUUGUGGCAAAAAAAGGAAUAUAAACCAAAAUAACCUGUGGCCUGUAAGAUGACAUAUAUUUUUUUGUCUGCAAAUAAUAUCAUUCUUGUUGUGUUUUCUCAGAAUGAAUUACAACUAUGCUGUUAGUGAAAGCUUUAAUAUUUAUUAUAAUUAGUAUGGUGUUUGAUAUCAGUCACUCUGUGCUUUAUGAUAAAAAAGUAUUAUUCAGAAGAUGAGCAGUAUGUUUUGUAAACAAUUUUGUCAAAAAAAAAAAGCAUUCUCAUUUUCAUUGCAAAAAAGAAAUGUUCCUUUUUUUACAUGUUCAAUUUCAACUCAUCCUCAGUGAAACAGUGUUUUUUUUCCAAUGCAAGGUUUCUAACAUUUAAGACACAAUUUUUAGUGACUUCUAUUGUUCCUCUGCAAAUGUUUUCCCAUUAAAUGCUGCCGGUAAUGGCAUUAUAUACCAAAAAAAUAUGUAAAGCAUUAAUCUGUAAAGUUGGAGUGUGACCAUUUGUAAACAGACGCCUGGCUACAUAUAAUUACUGCUGAGAAUGUGUUCAAUUACCAAUGUGAUUCACUUAUACUGAAUUGUGAUAUUAUCGCUUCGAGUCAUAUCUUUAAAAUGUGACUUCAUUUUAGCUUGACUAUUUAAAGAAUAGGGAUAUCUAUUCUACUCAUCCUUGUGUUGGCAUCACACCUUAGUUUAAUCUUCGUGAAUCUUUACAAAAAGGUUAUUUACAUUGUACUUGACCAACAAAGUUGUUGUGAAAGUUAUAAAACUUAUACACACGAGAGCAAGUUAUGGCCAUCUUGGCUCUCUUGUUUUCUUCGACUGGUCAUCAUACUCUGUCGAAGUUUGCGCUUUUGUUUUAAAUAUGCUUUAAAUAGUCAAGCUCGCUUUUUGGGGAUAGCUGUCAUUUCACUUGAAAAUAAAAUUCCUUACAUUGCACAAUGUUAUGUUCUUUGCCAUUUUGUUAUUUGUUUAACACGUUGUUCAGUUCUUUAAGUUUAUUAUUUAGUUUUGCGAACACUGACUGAAUCAGUUUCUGCAUGUUGGUCAACAAUUUUUGUACGCUCAGCAAUGCCCAAUGCUGACCAAUACGAAAGCUUUUGAAAAAUUGCUUUGGAUUCAAACAGUUACUUAAUGUUUUAACAUACUGUUAUAUGAGUAAGAAAAGCCAUUGUGAAGUUAUUGUGAAUACAGUCGAACCCCAUUGGCUCAAACUCCCAGGGACUAGUGAAACUACCUCGAGCCUUGGAAAAUUUGAGCCAAGCAGGGUGUGAUUGUACUUGACUUUAUAAAUAACACAUUGCUUUAAAUUGUAGAUGCCUGGCCUGGAUUGUUUACCUAUUGAUUUUUGCUUUUGAUCGAAAUGUGAAAUCAAAAUUUUCACUUAUUGGUUCAUCAUCACUUUUCUUACUGAUUUUCUACUGCUCUAAUUAUAACAAUAUGUGCAAUUCAGUUUGAUAU